AUGUCAUCAGAACUUGAACCGCAUAUAUUGAAACGUUAUGAAAUUGAGAAGAGAAUAGGAAAAGGUGCAUAUGGAAUCGUAUGGAAAGCGAUCAAUCGAAAGACAAAAGAAGUUGUCGCUCUGAAAAAAAAUUUCGAUGCAUUUCGUAAUCAAACAGAUGCUCAAAGAACAUUUCGUGAAAUUGCAUUUUUACAAGCGUUUGGUAAUCAUCCAAAUAUUAUUGGUUUAUACAAUGUAAUACGAGCUGAAUGUGACAAGGAUAUCUACUUAGUAUUUGAAUACAUGGAGACAGAUUUACAUAAUGUAAUUCGUAAAGGGAAUAUUUUGAAAGAUAUACACAAACAAUAUAUUAUGUAUCAGUUAUUUAAAGCAACUGCAUAUUUACAUUCUGGGGAAGUGAUUCAUCGAGAUUUAAAGCCAUCAAAUGUUCUACUGGAUUCUGAUUGUUUAGUAAAAUUAUGUGAUUUUGGUUUAGCACGUUCAUUAAAAGGUCGUAAUAUGAAAUAUGAUAAUGGUAAUGGUAAAAUCAAUUGUAAAACAUUACUACCUGCAUUAACUGAAUAUGUAGCAACACGUUGGUAUCGUGCACCAGAAAUUCUAUUAGCAUGUCAUGAUUAUACAAAAGGUGUUGAUAUAUGGAGUUUAGGUUGUAUAUUAGGUGAAAUGUUAAUUGGUACACCAUUAUUUCCUGGUACAUCAACAUUAGAUCAAAUUGGACGUAUUAUGGCUGGUUUACCAAAAUUAAGUAGAGAAGGUAAAGAGUUUUAUAUUGAACAAUUAAUUAUUGAUUAA